AUGUUCAACCCUUCCGACGACUCAGCUUCGGGUUCACAUACCCCAGUAUCAACGCCAGAGCUACCGAAGCUCCCGUAUGAGAUUUUUCUGCUCGUCGUCGAGGCCUUCCUCGAGUCUGCUCAUGCCGAAUUCUCUACAGAUCCAGCCUCGUGGCAGCUCGAAUGCGAGCCAGUCCGACACAGCCAUAUUCCGAUCCCCGAGGUGUACUACAUUGACGACUGCGACGAAGAUGGCGACGAUAUGAGGAACAAACGCUUCAGCCUUCUGCGCGGUAUUUCACAGGUCGACCUAAGGUCACGUCGCAUGGUCAAUCAAUGGUUCCCUAGACUCGCUUUCCUCGAGCAUGGCAUUUAUGACGCACAUGAAUUUGCACACGUCUGCACCAAAGUCGACGUGUUCCUCUUUAGUGCCCCCCUUUAUAUCCCCCGUUCGCGGCUAGCCGCCCCUGUUGGGCCUCCAUUCUUGGACCUACUCCGGCUGCUUGAGCACGUCCACUUCAUGAACGGAGAUUUCGACCUAGAAUCCCUCAGUGCCAUGCCGAGCCUCAAGUCCGUCAGUUUCCGGAAGAACAUCGACACGAUGGGACCCCACGAACAUGGCAAGUCUUCUUUUGCACAGGAACCUCACGCCCGGGUCUUCACCCCGCCGGAGUGGGAGGCCAUUCGCGAGUCUUCGUCAAUAUGGCAAAAAGGAGUCAGACUCUUUGUCAAUCCAGUCAGCAGCUGGUACUCUACAGAUUGGCAGUCGGCAGAGCUUUUCUACCUCCAAGCUGGUGCUGGCAAACGAGACGCAGUCCGAAUACUCAGUCUCACCCUCAUCAUGGUUGAUCGAUCUGAUCUCUCCUCCCUGCGCCAUCAUAGAUCUCCGUCAGCAAAGAUGGAGGGCCCCAAGCUCCCAUACGAGAUCUACUUGCUCAUAGCAGACGCCUUCCUCGACUUUGCCUAUACCGAAUUCUCUGCUAAACCGGGCUUAUGGCGUCCCAAGAGCGAACAGCAGUACGGCACCGGUAGCUUUGCGUUUCCUCGCCAGAUGUAUCUCCCGCCGAGAUUGGUGUUAAACAGCGACGGCGGCCACAUUGUGUUACGCCAUCGCCUGCUUCGCGGAAUUUCACAAACCGAUGUAGCAUCGCAAAAGAAGGUCAAUCAACGGUUCCCGAAGUUUCCGUACAAAGACCUUUGGAUCGAUCAAAAUUACAUCGACUAUCCGGGAUUCGCACACGUCUGUCCCAGCGUCGACAUCUUUGAGCAUGACUGGGAACCUACGUACACCACCAUGCCUAGGCUGCGUUCACUAUCCCAGCCUGCUCCCGAUAACUCGGGACUGCUGCGGGCGAUCGAGAAUAUCCAGCUCCACGCCUGGUGUGGCACCGAUCCUGGCCUCCCAAGUUUCCUUUCCGCUCUGCCGAACCUUCGAACCGUUAGCUUCAUAUGGCAACCGCCAGGACCCUACGGACCGUCUGCGGCCAAUCCCAGCUUUCACGCACACAACGAUCCUCCUGCGGUAUAUGAAACCCAUUCUGGAAACGUCGAUAUCACGGAAUGGUGGAAGAUUAUUCGACAGUGCUCAUUUGCAUGGGAAAGGGGGGUUCGGCUCUUCUACUGUUAUCAUGAGGACUGCGCGUGGCCUGGCCACUGGCCGUCAGAUGAGCUUCUUUUCGACCUCACUUGA